AUGGGUGUCAUCAACAUUGGCUUUCUCCUCGUUGCGGCCUUCGGCUUGGUUGGUUAUGCCGUUGUAUCCUUCAAGGCGGCCAGGGGCAGUCCUACCCAGACGGCGUGUACUCUUCUGCUCAUUGCAGUCUCUCUCUGGCUCAUAACCAGAUUGUGGAGGUUUAUUUCCUGUAUCAUGGCGAUGACAGGUCAUUAUUGGGGCUACAAUCCGUCGUACAUUAGUGCUGUAGUUGUCGAUGCGAUCCUCUACGUCUGGCCAACGUUUGUGGCUCUCAUGAUCCUCUACGUGCUAGCUUCCGACAACGCGUACAGUCUCUCAAGGCUUCACUACCAGGAAGAAGAAGAUGAUGAGCAGAGGAUCUGGGAUGAGCGAACGCAAAGCACUUGA